AUGAGUACAUUCCUUAUAUUCAUACUCAUUCUCGAUAAUAUCGGUUGUAUUUGUAACUUUGUUACGUUUUCAGUCAAACAAUUACGUGAAAAUUCUUGCGGACGGUAUUUUCUCGUGUCAUCACUGUUCAAUUUUGUCCAAACUCGCUUUACUUGGGUAUUACCAUGUAUUGCCACUGAUUUUCUCGUUCUGGCAUCUCUUGAUCGAUGUCUAUCCACGGCACAACGUCUGCAGCUGCUUCGUUCGUUCAGUCAAAUCAAAAUCGCACUUCGAAAGACAAGUAUUCCUAUUCUUAUCAAUAGUCUAGCAAGUACGCAUCAACUUAUCUUCUACGAACUUCGACCAAAAUACUAUGCAGCAGCUGGUGUAUAUUCGUAUUUUCUAUCUAUAUACAGUAUUGUUUGGAUAAGUUUAGUACCGCAAAUGAGUAUGCUUCUAUUUGGUGUAAUGACAUAUAACAACAUUCGUAAGGGUCGACAAUGUCUAAAUCAACAAACAGAUUCCCAUUUAAUCCGAAUGAUGUUAGUCCAAGUCAUGUGUAGUUCGAUUCUGUUGAACAUUCGAACAGCUUAUUACUCUUAUACGGUUAUUACAACGAAUUAUGUUAAGGAUGAUUAUCGUGCUGCGGUAGAAAAGCUGGUAUUGCAAAUGACAAGUUUUUUUUUCUGUCUGAAUUUUUGCAAGAGUUCUUUUGUCAACAUACUAUCGAGUACACUCUUUCGCAAAAUUUUCAAAGAAUAA